GAUUAAAACAUUCUAUUUUACUUAAGUUAAGGUUCAUCUUACAUUUUAACUGCUAUUUUCUAUAUUCUGUGGAAUUUUCUUGCCCAACUUAAUGAAAGCUUUAAUCGAGCCGACAUUCUUGACUACAGGAUGUAACGCUGACCAAGUGGACAUUCUUAAACUGUAGUGACUACAUCUAAACAGCUUUCAACUGAUUUAUACUGUACUUGCAGAUUAGUGGUAAUGAUACAACUCUGCAGCAGAUAAGUCAACGUGUGGGCUAUAAUAGACAUUAUACAGUUUGGAAAUGUUCAAAGUACCGAUAAAACUAUAUUCAAAGAUGAGAUGAACGUAGGAACACCAUCUGCAGUAACUCCAAUUCGAAACCUAGAGUGUGAUGUUUCUGAAAAAGAAAUAAGUUUACGAUAUGCAAUGACUGAUUCGAUUACAACAUUGGAUGUUGGCAUGAGUGAUAUUAGCUUCGGUAGCGUCAAGGUCGGCGACAACAAAUAUGUAUCACAGUACUCAGUGGUAUCAUAUGAAGACGACCGAUCUCAAACAUCAACAUCAAAUUUACACCUGUUACCUGACGUUGAGUCGCUUACUUUGCAUCCACUAUCAGGCUUCGGUGAGAGUAAUUUUGAGUUUACCGAAAAUCAGAAUAGUGGAAAUAUAUCGGAGGAAAAGAUUGAUAAGAUUCGUCGUAAUGUUAAUCUCCAAGAGGUUGGUAUUAGUGAUAUUAGCUUUGGCAGCAUCAAGAUCAGCGAUAAUACAAAUUUACCACAGUACUCAGCGGUAUCGUAUGAAGAAGACCGAUUUCAAAAAGCGACAUCCAAUUCACACCUGUUACCUGACGUUGAGUCGCUUACUUUGCCGUCACUAUCUGGCUUCGGUGAGAGUAAUUUUGAGUUUAAUAGUGAAAAUACAUUGGAGGAAAAUAUUGGUAAGAUUCCUAGUAAAGUCAGUCUCCAAGUAAAAUGCCAAGGCAACAAAAAAGAUGAACCAACUCAAAAAGAUGAAAUGGCCAAAGUUAGGACUAGCAAAAAUUCGCUUGAUAUACAAUUAUCCGGCAAUAUUUCGGUGGCAACCAGUGAAAGUUUGCCAAGCGUGGCGAGCUCUCUUAAAGACGAUGAUAAUGGAUCCAUGAAUGCAGGUUCUAACCUUCAGUUAAUCAAACAAGAUCUUAAAAAAGACUCCAACAAUGGUCGAAAGUGUCACAGUGAAUCGGAAGUCUUGACAUCUGUAAAAGAACCUUGGAUUGACAUUCCCAGAUCCCAAACUGCCACUCUACAAACUACUGUCAUAAAUAUCGAUUACCUGAAAAUCAUGGCAAAUGUUGAUGAAGAGCUAAAAAGUUUAUCGGAGGAUUUGCAGACUGUUAGAGAUUAUCAGCAAUUGUUGCGUGAUGACAAUGCAGACGAUGAUAUCAAAGAGUUCAUCGAAAUUGAGAGAGUCUUGGAAAGUAUCGAAGAGAAAGCUAUGGCAGAGAAAAGAUUGCAAAGAAGAUUUCAUAUUGACGCUCAAACUAGAGACAAACCUGAAUCUUCCACUUCUUCUACAGAUAUUAUGCCUGAGAUUGAAUCAGGAUCAUCACAAGAAUCAGAUUCAUAUACGAUCACUGUACCUCCUGAAAUGCUUGAUUUGAAAUCUUUAUCUGUUGGUAACGUCAUUGCUGACUAUGAGAAUUUGUUGCAAGAUUUGAAUUCUUUAGACAUAUCAAAGGAUGCUUUCAAAGAGAAGUAUGAAAUCACAAAAAGCGAACUUCAUUUAUUGGGGAAAGAUAAGGAUAUUCUUGAUAAAAUUGCCCAAUUCAGAAUGAUUCAAACACUGGUCAAUCAAAUCGAACAAAAGGCUGCUGCUUCACAAAUGGAGAAUAAUCAUGAUGUUAAAUUCGAUAUGGAAUCAUCUGAUGCUGAAAUAGAAUAUUUUGCAGAAAGAGUUGCGACAUCCGCUUUAGGUAAAAUAGUAACUCUUGGCUUGGAGAGUCAACAGGCAAUACAAUGUGAAAGUGUCAACGAAACUGAGCCUAGUGUUUGUAACGUCGACACCCAAGUAUCUAAUAAUGCUUUCAGUCCAGAAUCAUUGGAACGGACGUAUUCUACCGCUGGCCGGGACAUAAACCCGUAUCUUGACAUGAUGGGUCUGAGAAAACACAUGGCUGAUAACGCUGAAAAUGAGCCUGUCAUCCGGGAAAUUGAUUACAAUCCUCCUGUCGUAAAGAAGAGCUAUCUUGAUGUACGUAGUAAGAUAUCCAAGCUCUUCCAGAAGAGUACUGACUCGACAGACCCAAAAGGAGAGCAGGAAGCUGGCGACCUCGCAUCAACCUCCAAAAACCGUGAUACAAUUUCACGCAUAUCAGCAUUUCCUGAUUUUCUUACUGUCAAGACUGAUUCAGCAGAACGACAGGACUUAGUUAAAGGCAGUCUGCAAAGCCCGUCUACUGAUAGAGCUAAUUUGAGAAAUAACAUUAACACGUCAUGCAAAUGCAAUGAUCUCAGUGUUAAAGACUACCAGAAGUCGAGCUCAGAUAUUAUCAUUUUAUUGGAUGACGAACUGUUGGAAGGUGUUGCAACAAAUAGAAAAGUUGACACCGAAAAUUUCGCGUGUAAAGUCAUAGAUAGAGAAAACGAGCCCGUAGUUCAAGAAAUUGAUAGGGUUAAAGAUAACUAUUGUGAUGUACGUAAUAGCAUAUCGGGAGUCUUUAGAAAGUUUGAACCAAAAGAACUGAAUGAAACAGGUGACUUAGUGCCGUCUUCAAGUUUUGACAAUCAGUCAUCUCAUUUACCAGUACCACCCCAAGAUCCCAAUGCGAGAACACACCGUGAGUCACUUCAUGAAUUUGAUACAAGUAGUUGUAAUGAAUGUGGCAGCGUUGCCAUCACCGCUACAGCUGUCGAAUCUAAUCAUGCUACAGAUUUAGAAAGUCUUAAUAUUGGGAUUGUAGAAAGCAAUCAAAUUUCAUUACUUGAUCAUAAGGAUAAGAAGAGUCAGCUCAAAAUGUCAUGCUCGGCACUAGAUGGGAGUCACCCCGCAGCCCAGCCUUUCAAAAUAUUAAUCCCCGAAACCGAAUCUUAUGCCGAUUUACCUCCUCAUUCAGAGUUAAUAUCGGAAUCACCAGAGGGUUUGAACUACUUGGCAUCGAGACAUGACCAUCAAGAAAACGUUGACAAUGAUCAGGACGUUGGAAAGCCUAAGUCUGAUGAUUCCAUAAAGAAGCAGCUGUCGAAAGAUGAGCACAUGAACGAGACUCCUUGCUAUACUUUUAGCACAUUUUCAUUUCAAGAAUCCGAUAUUGCGAUAAAAACUGUAAAAUCGAUGUUAGCACCACCUGAUGAUUUAAAUGACUCGAUAUCUAGAUAUGACCGUCAAGAAGCCUUGAAGAAACGAAUAGAAAUGAAUAAAGUAGAUAUUGAAUUUGAUCCACGCACCAAUGUAUCCGUCAUCGCAAAGCGUCUGUCUUUGAGUGUAAAACAAACAUUUGACGACAUUGUUAAGAACGACGAAUACUUUGAAAAUUACCUUGCAGAGAUGUCUGAUGUAAAUUCAGAAGAUUUUUCAUUGGAUGUCCCUUUACUAAACCUAGCUUCAAAAUCGCCCCAGGACGAACAUUUGUCAGAUGACGCCUCAACAUCAACCAUGAAUGAGAUUGAGCAGUUACUCACCGAAAGGACAGACCAAGACAGCUGCAGCGAAACUGUUUCAUCCCAAAAGCCUUGUACAGUUUUUACCGAUGAGCCUUUCUGCAAACCAGCUUUGGAUCAAAACCAGCUUUUGAAUCAAAAAGAGAAAGUAGAGAUUAGAUGGCGAAAAAGUCCGAGACAAGUUCUUGAACUUUUGAAAUCGGAGAAGCUGGAUCAGGUGCAGAUGGAGCACGUGCAGAUGGAGCACGUGCAGAUGGAGCACGUGCAGAUGGAGCACGUGCAGAUGGAGCACGUGCAGAAUAUGUCUGAUAUAAAGAUCAAGAUAUCAGAACUUGCUGGUAAGAACGAUACAAUAAUAGAUUUGGUGACUCCUCCGAUUCAAGGAGAUGCUACAAAGGACUCAAAACAACCUGAAAGGCGGAGCUCGAAGAAGGCUAAGCGCCCAAAAAAAAGAAAGAUCCUUAAAUUUUGUUUUUAA